UCACGAUGACACCUACAAAGAUUCUUAUCUGCCUCACAUUGUUGUUCUUGUGCAAAAUGGUUGGGAUGACCAAUCUGUCUUCAUCUGGUCGUCAACAGAGACAUUUUGUUUCAGCGCAUGUUGGUGAAAGUAUAACUUUGCAGUGUUUCUAUAAGAAGGACAUACAAAAGCUUCUCUGGUAUAAGCAAACCUUUGGACACAAACCAAGGCUCAUCGUGACCUUCUUCCCAGCUAAUAAAACAAACACUUUUUCUGAUGAAUGCAAGGACAAAUCCCGUUUUACACUGGAUCAUGAAAAUGGCAAAAUUCUCUUGAAGGUGUCAGAUUUACAUGUUUCAGACUCAGCUAUUUACCUCUGUGCAUCCGCUUAUCCCUUUGUAUUUGAAUUUAGAGAAGCCCACACUGUGAGUGUGGAGGGUUCAGGGUUGAACAUCAGAGCUCUGGUCCAACAGUCAUCGUCUGAGGAGAUACAGCCAGGAGGAUCUGUGAAUCUCAGCUGCACAGUCCAGACAGGGAUGUGUGAUGGAGGACAUCGUGUUUAUUGGUUCAAGAACUCUCAAGAAUCUCACCAAGGAAUCAUUUACACCCAUGGAAACAACAGUGAUCAGUGCGAUGCUCCAACUCACUCCUGUGUCUACAGCCUGUCGAUGGAGAACUUAAAUCUCUCUCAUGCUGGGAUCUACUACUGUGCUGUCGCUACAUGUGGACACACCGUCUUUGGAGACGGGACCAAACCCGACUUUAAGGAGGUCCAUCAUCGUUUACUCGUAUGUUCAGCAGUCACCACCCUGCUGAGUGUUUUACUGGCUUUCUCAAUCUGCAUCAGUAACAAGAGAAACAGCAGCUCUAGCGCAGAUUCUCAUGCAAUUCUUUCACAGUGCUCCAAAACACAUGCAAAGCCCCAGACUCACCAGAACGAAGACGCCCUCUGUUAUGUUGCUUUAAAGGAAACCAGAUCUGAGAGAGAGAUGGACGACAUCUGGACUGAAUGUGUGUACUCAGGCAUAAAACUGUAAAGCAGUUUGAUUGCUUUACAAUUAUUAUUACAUUUUAUGUAUUGUCUGUAUUUUAAUUACUUGUUUUCACUGAGUUCAUUUGUUUAUCCAGUUUCAAAUUUGGAAACCUUUUCAAUACUGCUCUAAAUAAAGUCAUUAUUAUUA